GAUUAUAACACUUGGUGGUAAAAUCUUCUUUGUAGAUAUAAGCAUGUAGGAAUAAGUUAGCUGGGGCUGCAAACAGUUAGUUCAUGACCGUUAGGUUUAACACCUAAGUUUCAAUUUUCCCCGGGGUAGAGAUUAAAAACAGAGAAAUAGAGAGAAAACAAGAGAAAGAUAAAAAGAUCAAUGGAAAAAUGAAGGAAUAAGAGAGAACAUGGUCUCAUCAUCCAAUUCUUCUUCUUCGUCUUCUCUUCCUGUGAGCUACGGAGUUGACUACGAAAGAUACGACUUGUCCUCUUCUGUUUCUUCUCUAUCUCGACCGUUUUCUUCGGAAGGAUCAAGCAACAAGAGUUGUGUUCUUGAAAACAAUCUUUCCUCUGUUUUCUCGUUGGACCAUGACGACAGUCUCCCCACCAUAUCUAGAGAUAGAUCAUGUUCUUCUCUCCAUCACGUCUUCGAGUGGAUUAUGCAGAGGUGUUGUGGCUGUUUCUGUUAGUCUUUCUGUGCCUCUCUUAGUACCUCAGGCUUAAUAUGAUACCACCAUUGUAGGACUUAGUUCUACUCUUUUCAAUCUCUUUUUAGGUCAUAUUGCAAUUUGAAUCAAAUGAAAGCCGUAUAUUAAAGACAACCCACUAAAACACGGUUUACAGGCAAUAUAAUUGAAUUGCAGUUUUAUUUUGUGAGUUAAAACUGUUGCAGUAUGGAAGGUCCAACCCGGAUUCACAUGACUUAGGAAAGUUAGCUGUAACCAAUUCUUAACCCAAUCUUUAAUCUUGGAAUCUUUUUUUUUUUUUCUUUUGGAACAAAGUUUAGUUUGAGUAAGGUAUUGGCAAAGUAUUGAUAUUUACUUUGAAAAUGAUGGACCACUAUUCAGCGAUGUGAGAACAACCAAAACCAUCCCAAUCUGAUUUACAUCAUUGGGAUUAAUGGAUUUUUGCUUUGAAUUUUACCAAAUCAAUAUGUUUUUGCAGACAUUUUUUGUAGUUGAUCUUAACUCUUAAGUCACGAGGUGCGCUUUACUUUUCCCCAUCCCAAUCUGAUUUACAUCAUAGUUAUACUUGGAUUAAUGGAUUUUUUGCUUUGAAUUUUAUCAAAUCAAUAUGUUUUUGCAUGUAAAGAGACAUUUUCUGUAGUUGAUCUUAAGUCACGAGGUCCGCUCUACUUUUUCACAGUUCAUUAUACUUUAAUAUCACUCAUUUAGCCAUGUUCAAGAAGAUAAUACACUAACAAUUUUGAGUCAAACCCCCGCCGCUUUGCCUCUUCCUUUUGUAUUUAGAUUUUGUAAUUUCCACGUCUAU